GCUUAACUCGCCCAGCACGAAUCAAUGACAACCUCCCGCCGGCUGCGGCAGGCUCCCCUGAGCUGCGCUGCCGCGUGGAUUCCCAGCCCGGGACCCUGGCGGCGCUCAGGACACGCACGACCCGGGCACGAGCGGCGUCCCCGGGGCGGCCAGGAGGCCAGCAGUCGAGAAGGAAGCUUCCCCCGGGGGUAAGAACUCUUCCCCAGUAGUGGCCUGGCUCGGGUCACAUGAGGUGCAGGAGGGGAAAAGCUGGCACGACCGAAGCCUGCCCCUCCUGGGCCAGAACCCCGGGGCGGGAUGUUCUUCAUCUGUCAAGAAGGGUCGGUGCUCUCAUUCUGUUUUCCCAAGGAAUGCUCCAGAGAGCCGGCAGUGGGGCCCGCUCCCUCAGCCCCACUUCAUCCAGAUGCAGCUGCUGAUGGAAAACCAGGCCCUGGGAAAGGAAGAAAUUGACCUGAAGGGAAAUAAAUGUGACAUUCAUUGGACAAGCUGUUCAAUGUUUGGGACUUCGAUGGAGACGACUAAGAUCUUAACCUUUUUAUUGUGUUAAAUGACACUUUUGGGACCACGAAUAAAACUGUUGGAGAGCUAACAUCAUAACCAGGUGGCACCCGGGCAACACAAGGCCACCUCAUCCCGUUCCUGUUCGGGCCUUGAGCUGGUGGCAAGAUCCAUUGAUUCAGGCAAAACUGCUAGGUGUGGCUGGGUGCUCUAUUUCACACUGGUAUUUCAGCUCCAUGAUGAAAUAAUUUCAUCCCCUUGUCAUACCUAUGGGACUGACUGGAGUCACACUCUUAACAGAGGUAGAUAGGAGCCGAGUGGUUCAGGGGGGACUCACCUAGUUUGAAAGACUGCCAAAGAUUGUGAAAAAUUAUCCUUUCACCCAGAACAUGCUAAAAUCUCAGUCAGUGGCAUCAAGUUCAGUAUAAGCAGACCUCAGUACCGGAAAUGAAUUCCAAUAGCUUCUUGGAUAUCAUUGUCAAGCAGCUGGGAUCAGGCCCAGCUACCAAUUUACUCUUCACUUUCAAGCAGUGCUUAAUCCAGCAGUUCCUAAACCUGACUCCAGGUCGUCAUCACCUAUGAAACAUUUUAAAGAUUACAUGUGCCGGGCCCCACCCACGAGGUACUGAAGCAGAUGCUCAGCGGAGGGGACCAGGCGCCUGAAGGCGGUUGUGACGGAGAGUGAGAACACAGGCUGACCUCUCUGGGCUUCAGUUUCCUUUCUCAAAACGAGGCGUUGGAUUAGACUGGCGUCUCCAAAGGGAUUCAUGGAGCUGAUUCAAGCAGAACAGUUCAGGGGCUCUGGCUGAGAACAUGGCCAAUGGCAUUGACGAGCUGAUCGGCAUUCCCUUCCCCAACCACAGCAGCGAGGUCCUGUGCAGCCUGAACGAGCAGCGGCAUGACGGGCUGCUCUGCGACGUGCUCCUGGUGGUGCAAGAGCAGGAGUACCGCACCCACCGCUCCGUCCUGGCCGCCUGCAGCAAGUACUUCAAGAAGCUCUUCACAGCCGGCACCUUAGCCAGCCAGCCCUACGUCUACGAGAUUGACUUCGUCCAGCCCGAGGCGCUGGCCGCCAUCCUGGAGUUCGCCUACACCUCCACGCUCACCAUCACGGCCUCCAACGUCAAGCACAUCCUCAACGCCGCCAGGAUGCUGGAGAUCCAGUGCAUCGUGAACGUGUGCCUGGAGAUCAUGGAGCCCGGGGGCGACGGGGAGGAGGAGGAUGACAAAGAGGACGACGACGAUGACGAAGAUGACGACGAGGAGGACGAAGAGGAGGAGGAGGAGGAAGAGGAGGAGGACGACGACGACACGGAGGACUUUGCUGAUCAAGACAACUUGCCUGACCCCCAGGACAUCAGCUGCCACCAAAGCCCCUCCAGGAUGGACCACCUCUCGGAGGCCUGUUCGGAUGCUCCCAGGGACUUCCCCGAUUCCUUCCGGGCCGGCAGCCCUGGCCACCUGGGCGUGAUCCGGGACUUCUCCAUUGAAUCUCUGCUGAGGGAGAACCUGUACCCCAAAGCCAACAUCCCCGACAGGAGACCCUCCUUAUCUCCGUUCGCCCCGGACUUCUUUCCACACCUCUGGUCGGGGGACUUCGGUGCCUUCGCCCAGCUGCCCGAGCAGCCCAUGGACAGCGGGCCCCUAGACCUGGUCAUCAAGAACCGCAAGAUCAAGGAGGAGGAGAGGGGGGAGCUGCCCCCACCUCCGCCGCCGCCCUUCCCCAGCGACUUCUUCAAGGCCAUGUUCCCGGACCUUCCCGGGGGGCCGCUGGGCCCCAUCAAGGCAGAGAAUGACUACGGUGCCUAUCUCAACUUCCUGAGCGCCACCCACCUAGGGGGCCUCUUCCCGCCCUGGCCGCUGGUGGAGGAGCGCAAGCUGAAGCCCAAGGCCUCUCAGCAGUGCCCCAUCUGCCACAAAGUCAUCAUGGGGGCCGGGAAGCUGCCACGGCACAUGAGGACCCACACCGGGGAGAAGCCAUACAUGUGCAACAUCUGCGAGGUCCGCUUCACCAGGCAGGACAAGCUGAAGAUCCACAUGAGGAAGCACACGGGGGAGCGGCCCUACCUGUGCAUCCACUGCAACGCCAAGUUCGUGCACAACUACGACCUCAAGAACCACAUGCGCAUCCACACGGGCGUGCGGCCCUACCAGUGCGAGUUCUGCUACAAGAGCUUCACGCGCUCCGACCACCUGCACCGCCACAUCAAGCGCCAAAGCUGCCGUAUGGCCCGGCCCCGGCGCGGCCGCAAGCCCGCCGCCUGGAGGGCCGCCAGCCUGCUCUUUGGGCCCGGCGGCCCGGCCCCGGAGAAGGCGGCCUUCGUGAUGCCCCCCGCGCUGGGUGACGUGGGCGGCCACCUGGGCGGGGCCGCCGUGUGCCUCCCGGGCCCCAGCCCCGCCAAGCACUUCCUGGCGGCGCCCAAGGGUGCGCUGAGCUUGCAGGAGCUGGAGCGGCAGUUCGAGGAGACGCAGAUGAAGCUGUUCGGGCGCGCGCAGCUCGAGGCCGAGCGGAACGCGGGGGGCCUCUUGGCCUUCGCGCUGGCCGAGAACGUGGCCGCCGCGCGUCCCUACUUCCCGCUGCCUGACCCGUGGGCCGCGGGCCUGGCCGGCCUCCCCGGGCUCGCCGGCCUCAACCACGUGGCCUCCAUGUCUGAAGCCAACAACUAGGCUGGCCUCAUCACCCCCAGUCCUGCUUCCCUGUCCCCUCCCGGGCCCACCUGCCCCAUCCGAUGGGUCUGAACUUUUUAUUUCAAAAGAAAAAAGGAAAACAAAUAGCAGCCGCAGUGGUAUUUUCUGGGCCUCCCGAGGCAGCUGCCUCCCCUGUGCUGGGGUCUGAGAUGGGCAUCCCCUCCCCAAAGGCCCGGCCUCUCUCUGGCUGUCUCUCUGCUCUCACACAGAAACUCACAGGGGCCCGUGCCAAAGAGGAGGCCCCAGACCAGGUGUCCAGAAGCACUUUGGAGCUGUGUGGGGCUAGACGGAGGGAGGUGGCUUGGCCAGAGGCAGACCGGAUGGAGCAGGGCUGAAGGUAGGGUCCCGAGAUACACAUCCUGAGCCCCGCCACUCUAAGGCAGAGUCCCUGCUGCUGACACUGUUCCGAUGGGUCAUUUUUCCCAUCUCCAGUGGCCCUGGGAUCCUUAGGGGAAGUGACCUAUAGGCAGGGAGAGGGUCUCCUGGGGUCCGGGCCCAUUUUUCCCUCCCUGUCCUAUGACCGCGGACAGGUCAGCCGUCUGUACCCCAGUUUCACCCUGCUGUGAAAGGGGGCUGGAAAUUUUGUUUCCCCCUCCCAUCCACCCACCGACACACUCGAACAUGCCCAUCCCUCCAGAGAGAAGCCUUGAGAGAGCAGGGGCUUUGCAGUCUUAACGUCCCUGGUGACGCUGUUUCACUGGACUUAGUUUUAUCACGUCCACCUCUACAUUGGCACAGGUGAGAAAUGUGGCCAAACUAGACAGGCUAACAGAGGAAGAGGGCUGGGGUGGGCUUGUCCACAGCCCCCAGGCAGCUUUGGGGAACUCUAAAUCCUACCCUCCCCUCUGGGCAGGCCACUGUGCGCAUCCGGGGGCUACCAUCUCGCAUUGUCCCCACCUCUGCGUGGUCCCUCCAAUGCCAUAAGGAGUCUUUCAGGACUCCGAGGGCCAACACGGAAGGAAUGGGGUCCUCCUCUUAACACCUGGCAGCUGCCCCUCUCCACCUGAUUCCCGGAAACAGACAAAAUGCCCAGUUACCCAGGUGUAUGUUUGCUUUUCAGUUGGGGGCUUCUCAGGACUUUGGCAUCGCUGUGUUUGAACACCCUCAACACCUCCGUGGUCCCCCAGGGAGGAAGCCAGCUGUCCAGUGUGGGAAGUCAGAGGCUUGGCUCCAAUAUGGGCUUGGAGGGCUCUGUGAGUGAGGGCUGUCCACGCAUUCUCGCUGGCUCUCUGGUUUGUAGCCGGUCCUGAGAAGGAAGACAGCUCUGCUGGCCCAGUGCCUUCCAGAUCUUCUCUCCCCUUUCCUGUCCUUCCCUCCCUUUUCUUGCUGAGUUUUCUUUUGUUUCUCAGUAGCCCAGAGAAGGGAGGAGAGUUCUCCUGUGCAGAUGGCCCAGGGCUGGUGUCCCCAAUCCAGGAGCUGUGGGCACAGAGACUUCGGCUCUUCCUAUUGCCUUGGCUUCUUCCUGAGCAAACGCAAAAAAACAAAAAGGCCAGAGAAUACCACAGACUCUGUCACUCUCCCAGCUCCCCCGCGAAGAGACCCGUGACUCCACACACCACCAGCUGCCCUUUCAGCCAGAGGGAACUGUUGCUGACACCCUCUCGUCCUCAGAUGUCAUCUGCUGGCAGCUGCCUCUCACACUCCUGUCUCCAUUUCUGACCCUCGCUUCUGGGACCCACCAGCCAACAUGCCUGUGUUCCCCCCGCAGCCAAGGGAGUGGGGCUGAGCCAAACUCUAAGAGAAAACGAGGAAAAACGAACAAAUUAGAAACCAGUGGUGUUGGGGCUUUUGUUUUUAUUUUGUAAAAGUAAUGACUUCUCAUAAACUCAAUUUUUCAGACGA